AUGGCCAGACUCGUCCCACGCUCGCUGCUGCCCAACUUGGCAAAAGUGAGACCGGCAGGGCACCGGCUCAGCAGGGCGGCCAACAUGAACAAGCACGGCGGCGGCCAUGGCUUCGCGUCAUCGGCGCCGCGGUGUCUCGUGGCCAUGACAGGCUUCAGCGACGAGCAGCUCACUGUGCGCAGGGCCGUGGCCGCCCUGUGCUCCCGCAGCCCCAGCACGUACUGGCAGGAGCGCGGCAAGGCCGUCCACAGCGACCCGCGCAAGUUCCACGCCGCCCUGGCCAAGGAUGGAUCUAAUAGACGGCAACUUAGCUAG